AUGUCUCAAUUCUUUAAAUCAGCAACUAUUGAUAGCGCAACAGACUGCGACAUUGAGGUUCCGCAAUUUGUGCAUUUCCCAGCUACUCAACCCCCUCAAUCACUGCAAGAAUGGAUAAAUCAUUUCGGCUUGGAAAAGCAUGCGGAAAACGGAUACUUCAAAGAGACCGAUCGGUCACCAUUUGAGUUUGAGUGCGGUAAAGACAGUGGUGAGGGGCAAGAUGACGACGAGAAGAACAGCGUUAUGCCCACCGAUUCGCAACAACCCGAGUAUAAGUCGAACAGAAACUUUUCGACUUUGAUUUACUACAUGCUAACACCAGACGCGCCAGUCUCGAAAAUGAUCAUGAAUACUAGUCGCAACAUACAUAUCUUGCAACGUGGCAAAGGCCAAUUCGUGCUAGUCUACCCUGAUGGCAAGAUCAAGAGUUUCAAAGUCGGAUUUGACUAUGCUAGCGGCGAGGUCUCUCAAUGGGUGGUUCCUGGGGGUGUAUGGAAAGCUAGUUUCCUCAUUCCAAAUGAAGAGUUCGAUAACGGGUUCCUCAUCAGCGAAGUGGUAGUCCCAGGGUUUGAAUACACCGACUACAAGCCGUUCCCAGGAUUUGAAGCGCUUGUAGAACUGGUUGGACCAGAGAAAGCAGAGCAGUUGAAACUGCUUUUGUAA